AUCAUGCCUGUUCACAAUAGUGAAUGCUGGUUAGAUGAAUGCUUGAAGUCAGUUUGGGAACAAGAUUUUAAAGAAACCAUGGAGCUGUCAGUUUUUAAUGAUGCCAGUGAGGAUCGUUCAGCUGAAAUAAUUGAAAAAUGGAAGAUGAAGUUGGAAGAUGCUGGUGUUCCAGUAAUUGUUGGUAGCAAUGAUUCAUCUCAACCUCGAGGCGUUGGAUUUGCUAAAAAUCAAGCAGUAAUUCAAAGCUCAGGAACCUAUCUCUGCUUUCUGGAUUCAGAUGAUGUGAUGAUGCCACAGCGGGUUAGGCUGCAGCACGAAGUUGCCAUUCAACACCCAAACAGUAUUGUUGGUUGCCAAAUCAGAAGAGAGCCACCGGAGUCUACUGAACGGUAUACUCGUUGGAUCAAUAGUCUGACUGAAGAACAACUUCUUACGCAG